AUGACUGUGAAGAUCGGUCUGAGGUCGCGGUAUCUGACCCCUGUGACCUUCCCCUCCUCUCCGUCCCACGUGUACCGGGAGCUGAGGCAGCAGCUGGAGGCGUGUGAGGCUCCGCCCCCUGUUCUGGAGGAUCGACCCCGCCGGACCGCCGCGGCCCUUAAAGCCGCAACGCGCUCUCGGGUUUCCUCCCUGCCUCCCGAGAGCCGACACGCGACCCGACCCGACACGCGACCCGACACGCAACCCGACACCCGAUACCCGACCCGACACCCGACCCGACACCCGACCCGACCCGAGACCCGACACGCGACCCGACCCGACACCCGACCCGACCCGACACCCGACCCGACACCCGACCCGACACCUGACCCGACACCCGAUACCCGACCCGAAACCCGACCCAACCGGACACCCGACCCGACACCCGACCCGACACCCGACCCGACCCGACACCCGACACGUGACCUGACACGCGAGCCGACACGCGACCCGACCCGACCCGACAUGCGACCCGACACCCGACAUGCGACCCGACACGCAACCCGACACCCGAUACCCGACCCGACACCCGACCCGACACCCGACCCAACCCGACCCGACACCCGAUACCCGACCCGACACCCGACCCGACCCGACACCCGACCCGACACCCGACCCAACCCGACACCCGACCCGACGCCCGAUACCCGACCCGACACCCGAUCCGACCCGACACCUGACCCGACACCCGAUACCCGACACCCGACCCGACGCCCGACACCCGACCCGACACCCGAUCCGACCCGACACCUGACCCGACACCCGAUACCCGACACCCGACCCGACGCCCGACACCCGACCCGACACCCGAUCCGACCCGACACCUGA